UACUGGCUUACUCAACGCUUUCCAACUUUAGUUUGUCUUUCAAAGCCGGCAGAGUAACAACAAGUAGAUCGCUCAGCAAAGCAAAACUUAUUGACAUAAAACUUAUUUAGCUACUCUUCAUAGACUCUCGUAUUUGGUGUUUUCCAAAUAAAUACGCUUUGGUCUAAAGUUAAAUUAUUUCCACACGGAAAAUUUAAUUGAAUAUUUUCUAAAAGUUCAAUAAUUUAGUUGUGUGUGAAAAAAUGUCCGAGGAAGCAGAUGUAACCAACCAAGAUCUCUACUCGUUGGAAGCCAAUUUGGUUAACAAGUCAAUGCGAGAACUGGCGAAUGGCGAGGAGAAAGAUCCAAUUACGAAAUUACGUUUGUUAUGUCUGAGUCGCGGUGCUACGGGCAUAGUCGGUUUGGGCAGAACUUUUCGCAAUAUGGACGAUGAUGGCAGCAAAGCGCUGAAUGAGGAAGAGUUCAUUAAUGGCAUACAUGAGACGGGUUUGGAUGUGUCUGAUGAGGAAAUUAAGGAGAUGUUUAAGUGUUUCGACGAAGAUGGCAGUGGCUCCGUUAAUAUGACUGAAUUCCUACUGAAACUGCGGCCACCGAUGCCGCAGUGUCGUCUAGACAUAAUCGAUCAAGCUUUUGCCAAAAUGGACAAGACCGGUGAUGGUGUUAUUACUUUGGAUGACUUGAAGAAUGUCUACUCGGUGAAAGAGCAUCCGAAAUAUCAGAGCGGUGAAAUGAGUGAAGAUGAAAUAUUGACAGAAUUUUUGAAUAAUUUCGAAGGUGGUCGUGGCAAUUUGGAUGGAAAGAUUACCAAAGAGGAGUUUGAGAAUUACUACGCCACCAUUAGCGCCUCCAUUGAUAAUGACAUGUUCUUUGAUUUGAUAAUGCGUCGUGCCUAUGCUUUGUAGAAUGUCUUUAUAUAACUGAUUUAUUUAUUUACUAGAAGAAACCGCGCUGCUUUACUAAUUAAGAACACAUAUAUAUUUAUUCAUUUUUAUUGUCUAGUACUCUCGAUUUUGUGUGUCUAAUGUUGUGAAUAUGUUUGUAGUACUCAAAAAUAUACGUAUACGAAGAAAGUCUUGAAAUAACUUUUAAAAAAUAUUUAAAUUAUAUAAAAUAUAUAUCUUUUAAAUAAAUAACA